UUUAUAUGAAUAUAUUUAUACGUAUAAAACACGAAUGGUACAUAUGUAAUUUAUAUAAAAUAGUUAGCAAACUUUUGCAUUUUUACCAUUAAUCUAACAAUUAAAGAUUUUUGAAAAACUCACAUUCACUUUAUUUCAUAACGUUAUGUACAUGACAGGGGGUUAUCUAGUAUAACUAGUAUAACUAGUUAUAACGUUAAGCAUUUUCGCACUCCUAGUCAGAUAAUAUUAAUUUUGUUAUUUAAGUUAAGAAAAAAUUACUAUGGACGCAGAUCUGUACGAUGAAUUUGGCAAUUAUAUUGGCCCUGAUUUGGCUUCUGAUAGUGAGGAUGAAAAUGAAUAUGGUAAUGCUGGAGAUGAUGCAGAAGACAGAGAACGCUCUGAUGAAGAAAUGGAAGAAGAUAAGGAUGAAGUUAGGGAACAAUCAGAGCAGGGAAAUUCUAUGGCAGUUGUAUUGCACGAAGACAAAAGAUACUAUCCAAGCGCUUUAGAAGUUUAUGGACCAGAGGUGGAGACAUUAGUGCAGGAAGAAGAUGCACAGCCGUUAGAUAAACCAUUGAUAGCACCAACCAGAAAACCAAAGUUUCAAAUAAAACAACAGCAACUACCGGAAACAACGUAUAGCAUAGAAUUUUUAGCGGACAUGAUGGAUGCACCUCAUCUAAUACGCAACGUUGUUCUACUUGGUCAUCUACAUCAUGGCAAAACUACUUUAGUCGACUGUUUAGUGAGACAAACCCAUCCUUACUUACACAGCGUGACAGACGAAAAACCUUUAAGGUAUACUGAUACAUUAUUCACGGAACAACAGCGAGGAGUAUCGACAAAAGCGACACCGGUGACUUUGUUGCUACAAGACGUGAAAUCAAAAUCCUAUCUUUUAAAUAUAUUUGACACUCCCGGUCAUGUAAAUUUUUCUGACGAGGCGACAGCAGCGAUACGUUUGUCCGAUGGAGCAAUACUGAUCGUCGACGCCGCUGAAGGCGUUAUGUUGAAUACAGAGCGUUUAUUGAAACACGCGCUUCAAGAAAAACUCGCGUUAACAGUUUGUAUAAAUAAGAUAGACCGACUGAUCUUAGAAUUAAAAUUGCCCCCUUUGGACGCGUACUAUAAAUUAAGACACAUCAUCGAAGAAAUUAACGGGCUGAUAGCGUUAUAUUCAGACUCGGAAAAUCCAUCAUUCGUGUCACCCGCGAUCGGAAACGUGUGCUUCGCAAGCUCGGAGUACAACGUUUGUUUUACCCUGAAAUCCUUCGCGGCACUCUACGCCAAGACCCAUCUCUCCCUGAACGCCAAUGAAUUCGCGAAACGACUAUGGGGAGACAUAUACUUUAACUCGAAAACGCGGAAAUUCACGAAAAAACCACCGCACAAUACCGCACAGCGCAGCUUCAUCGAGUUCAUUCUCGAACCGUUGUACAAGAUUUUCGCGCAGGUCGUCGGCGAUGUCGACACAACUUUGCCCGACGUGUUGGACGAAUUGGGCAUAAGACUGACAUCAGAGGAAAUGAAAAUGAACAUUAGACCUCUGUUGAGGUUGGUAUGCACGCGUUUCUUGGGUGAUAUGUGCGGAUUAGUCGACAUGUGCGUAGCCCACGUUCCCAGUCCUCAAUCUCACGCACCGGUCAAGGUCCAGCACGUGUACACAGGCUCUAUGGAUUCGUCUCUCGCGCAGGAUAUGAUCAAUUGCGAUCCUGACGGCAGGCUAAUGAUUCACAGUACAAAAAUGUAUCCAACUGAGGACUGUACGUUGUUCGUGGUCCUCGGGAGGGUAAUGUCGGGUACACUCGAGGCAGGACAACGCGUCCGCGUAUUAGGCGAAGCAUACUCGCGUACCGACGAAGAAGAUUCUCGUGUCUUAACCGUGGGAAGACUGUGGAUUAGCGAGGCACGCUACUCGAUCGAGCUGAAUAGAGUUCCCGCCGGCAACUGGGUUCUUAUCGAGGGUAUCGACAGACCGAUCGUGAAAACGAGCACGAUCACCGAUCUCAAUAACUCGGAUGACCUACACAUCUUUCGGCCGUUGAAGUUCAAUACGCAGAGCGUGAUCAAAAUCGCGGUCGAACCUGUCAAUCCGUCGGAAUUGCCAAAAAUGUUGGACGGUUUGAGAAAAGUGAAUAAGAGCUAUCCGUUGCUGGGCACCAGAGUCGAAGAAAGUGGCGAACACGUGGUCUUAGGGACCGGCGAAUUGUAUUUGGACUGUGCGAUGCACGACCUGCGCCGUAUGUACUCGGAGAUCGAUAUAAAAGUGGCAGACCCGGUCGUUGCAUUCGCGGAGACGGUGGUAGAAACGAGUUCUCUCAAGUGUUUCGCCGAGACGCCGAAUAAACGAAACAAGUUGACGAUGAUCGCCGAGCCACUUGAAAGAGGCCUCGCAGAGGACAUCGAGGCUGAACACGUCAAGAUCACGUGGAACAAAAAACGAUUAGGCGAAUUCUUUCAAACGAAAUACGACUGGGACUUACUGGCAGCGCGAAGCAUUUGGGCAUUUGGCCCAGACGCUACGGGCCCUAAUAUUCUAGUCGACGAUACUUUACCGUCGGAAGUGGACAAAACGCUAUUGAACAGCGCCCGUGACGCCAUUAUUCAAGGUUUUCAAUGGGGUACGCGAGAAGGUCCUCUCUGCGAAGAACCAAUUCGCAACGUUAAGUUCAAAAUUCUGGAUGCCGUAAUUGCUCAAGAACCUCUUCAUCGAGGAGGUGGUCAAAUAAUUCCGACGGCCAGAAGGGUAGCCUACUCGGCCUUCCUUAUGGCAACGCCCAGAUUGAUGGAACCCUACUUGUUCGUCGAAGUUCAAGCGCCUGCGGAUUGCGUGUCGGCCGUUUAUACCGUGCUGGCGAAAAGAAGGGGCCAUGUGACUCAAGACGCUCCCGUUCCCGGAAGUCCCUUAUACACCAUCAAAGCAUUCAUUCCAGCAAUCGAUAGUUUCGGCUUCGAGACUGACUUGCGAACGCACACGCAAGGCCAAGCAUUCUGUCUCUCCGUGUUCCAUCACUGGCAAAUCGUCCCCGGCGAUCCAUUGGACAAAAGUAUCACGAUUCGACCUUUGGAACCGCAACCAGCUACGCACUUGGCUAGAGAAUUUAUGCUGAAGACAAGGAGACGAAAGGGACUUUCUGAAGACGUGUCUAUCAACAAGUUCUUCGACGAUCCUAUGUUGCUCGAAUUAGCCAGACAAGAUGUUCUACUGAAUUAUCCAUUAUAAAACAUGUUAUAGUCGUAGCAAUUUCUCAUGUAUAAUUUUACGAAGAUUUAUCAUUAAAGAACUAAUUUUAUAUGAAA